UAAUGUUAGCGGUAGGCAGAGAAACAGCUGAUUGUUAGGAAAAACAUCGUCAUUCUAGCGUCCAUUUUGUUGAAUAAACUCGGCAUUCCGUUUCUGAAGAAAUAUUGGAACCGAUUCAGAUACUGUGUAUUAUAUAGGAACAGAAUCAUCUAUACAAGAUGUCUAGCAUGAAAUCUCGCCGCAAGAAGGGUGGGCGUGUCCAGAGACUGACGUCAAAUGUAUUCGCAAUGUUUGAUCAGGCACAGAUACAAGAAUUCAAGGAAGCGUUCAACAUGAUAGACCAGAACAGAGAUGGUUAUGUCGACAAAGAUGAUCUGCAAGAUGUAAUGGUGUCUUUAGGAAAAGAUCCCUCUGACGAUUAUUUAGAGAAGAUGAUAGCGGAAGCUCCGGGACCAAUUAACUUUACAAUGUUCCUUACUUUGUUUGGUGACAAGCUGAAUGGAACAGACCCGGAAGACGUCAUUCGGAACGCCUUUGCCUGCUUUGAUGACAGGCAUUCUGGUUAUCUUCCGGAGGAAUAUCUUCGCGAGUGCCUUAUGUCGAUGGGAGAUCGAUGGUCAGAAGACAUGGUAGAUGAGCUCUUUCACGGUGCUCCAAUCAAAGAAGGUCGCUUUGACUACAACGAAUUCACGCGCACACUGAAACAUGGGUCACGUGAUAAGAAAGAUGACGACAUACCGGAUAUAAAGCCAGACACGCAGAAGACACCACCGGAAGUGCCACCAAAACCUUCGAAAGCAUAAAAAACAUUUAUUCGCAACGUCAUGAAUUCCAGACUUGUAUUGCUAAAAAUAAGUUGAACUCAUUUGAAGUUCCAUUUUCGUAUUGGUUGUAAACUGAACAUUUCAAACAGCGACAAAAAUGCCAUUACGUGUAACGUAUGCAUAUUCUUUCAGUUUUUUGGUUACGUCAUUCUUCAGAUACCAGUUUUAUUAAUUUGUCACUAAUGUUAGCAAUAGUUUUUUAAAAAAUGUUUUAUCUGCGAAGCGGGACCACAGAUGUUGGCAAAGCUCAAAGCUAUACUGAUAUUUUUAAAGACUAGAUAUACUUAAAGGUCAUAUUUCCGCAGAUUACCGAUUUCUUUUUCAAAAUUGCGCUUUCUGGUAACAGUGAUAUCUAAGUGUCUUGUAGGGUAUGUUCCAGCAUUACUAGAUCUCCACAAGGAAUUUAGUUUGGAUAUGUUAAAAGCUUAACCGAAGUGUGUAUUUACCUUCAAUUUUAACAUAGUAGAGCAUCAUGAAAAUAUACACAAAUAUUAAAACUUUUAAUGGGCAGACAUAUGUAAAUGCUUCAAAAUGUUUUUUUUUUCUGUUAUUUGUUGGUUGGCAAUAUACUAAAUAAAAUGUACUGAAAAUUCAGUGAGUUACAUACACUAUUAACUAUUAACAUUCAAUUGUGAAGUACAUUUUGUAUAAUAUGAUAUGAUAAAUAGUCGCGCCGUAAAAACGUGACAUAAAAUAAAAGGAAGCUGGCUUAUUUUAAAAGUGUCGAGUUAAAUAACGUAUGUUUAAUGAUAUGUUUUGAUAUCAGAGACGUUUUUGAAUGGAUUUUUACAUGGUAUAUAUCAAAAGCUUUCAUAUUUCACGUACUUAGGUACAUGCUCAUAUCAAACGCUCCCUUUAUAACUCGUAACACAAUGUCGUGUCAUAUGUACCAUAAUGAAAUUAUACUAAAAACUUGGUAUUGAUAUACAUGUAUAUAUAAUAAAGAGUUAACAGAG